AUGUCUGACGAUCUGAUGAAGAAGAUGCUCCGGGCUGUCCUCCAGGCCAAUAAGAACGGGGUGUCCAUCACGCGGUUGCAGGGGGAAUACAGGUCGCUGACGGGGGAGUUCAUCCCUGACCGAAAGAUGGGUUACCCUUCACUGGAGUGCUUCCUCCGCAGUAUCCCCUCCGUGGUCAGGGUGGAGAAUCGCAUGGGGGAGAUAAUGUGCUUUGCUGCAGUCUGUCAAGAAACGGCCCACAUCGCUCAGCUGGUCGCCCGUCAGAAGUCCAGCAAGAGGGCACCUGGCAGAUCCCAGAUGCUGAACUGUCGGAUGAGGUCGAAAUUGGCUUCAAAUUUUGUGUUCUAUGAGAAGCCUCGGACGUCCCUGCGUCAGCCCGACCGUGCUCAAGUGCGCUCUGGCUGGAGCCAGCCUUACACCUCCAUGGGACCCUCACGGCCACGAAGCUACAACACCUGUGGAGGCUUCAGUGCUGGGGGAGACAUCAGGAAGAUGUACAGCCAGCAUGACGAGCGGGCCAACCCCCCUGCUCCGGCACCGCAGAGUCAGAACAGGGAGUCCAUCACUCAGGUGAAACCCACUCUCGCCAUUACCAUCAGUAACGUCUCUCCUCCGACGCCCAAAGCCUUUAAGCCGGGAGGCUACAACCCCCAGGUGGUGCAGAGUCAGAUCUCUGAGGUGCUGAAGAAGUACUGCAGUGGUCUGUGGCUCUCCAAGCUGCCCUCUGUGUACCGGGACAUGCACAAACAGGACCUACCUGGCCAAGCAGUCAUAGACCUGGAGAACUGGACACACAUCUGCUCAGUUGAGAAGCCUGUUAGUACCAAUCGAGCAGAUAGGCUGGUCUACCCCCCUCAGCCCAAACCCCCCAGCCCUGCUCUCUCACCAAUCAAACCUCCAACGGCUCCUUAUACAGUAAAACCAGCCACAACCCUCCUAGCCAAACCCAUCACUACCGCUCCAGUCAAACCAGUCACUGCCAACCCAGUGAAACUGGCCCCUCUAUUCUUCUCACCGAGGAACCCCUCCUUGAACCAGAGUCAGACCUUGCCCACUCCACCGGCCCCCUCUUCGAAGCACUCCCCGACCCAUACCCCCACCUCUCCAACUGCCCCAUCUACCUUGUGGAAGCCCUCUCCUUCCCACUUACUCCCUAUGCCCACCUGUAAUUUGUGGAGACCCUCCCCUACUUCCACCUCGCCCUCAUGGAAGCCAACAACUACUCCCCCCUCCCUCACCCCCACCUCCCCUACUCCUCCCUUCCUCACCUCCCCCACAUGGAUGGUCUCCCCUACCCCUACCCCCACCACCCCAAUCCCCCUCUCCCCUACAGCGGUGAGCAUCCCCGCGGAGGCGUGCCUCAGACUGAAGGAGCUGCUGUCUAAAUACAGCCAUGGCCUGUGGGCCCACGCCCUCCCCAAGCUCUACCAGGAGACCUUCAAGGUUCCCUUCCCAGAGGACAUCCUGGCCAACCUGUCUCUCUUACUAGACAUCUGCACCGUGGAGUACCCCAUGUCCGACAACAAGAAGAAGGCCAUCCUCUACGGCCCCACCACCGAGUACAAGGCCAAGGUGAGCAGCACCCCGUCUUCUCCGUCGGGUUAUAAGCUCAACAGCACCCCCGUGGUUCCUCCUCUGCUGCUCCCCAAGGAGGAGUUCCCCUCAGUGCUGGUGGUGGAGGCAAGCAGCCCCGACCAGGUCAUCCUCAGGUACAUAGGCGAGGGCUACUCUCAGGCCCUGGAGACAAUGGAGGAAUCCAUGAGUACCGUCUACAGCCAGCUCAGCGCUCAGAGGCUCCUCCCCUUCCCCUCGACUGGUGAACUGGCGGCCGUCAAAGUGGAGGGGGGCGAGGAGGUCGUCAGGGCCCAGGUCUGUGAGGUCAUGACCGACAAAGUCAAGGUGUACUACGUGGACCAUGGCUUCUCUGAGGUCCUCAGUAGAACCAAACUACUGGAGCUGCAGAAAGACUUCCUCAAGCUGCCCUUCCAGGCGACUACCUGUACUCUAGCUGGUCUGGAGCAGUUCAGCUCGGAGCUCUCUGUGCUGCAAACGCUGGAGUCCCUGGCCGUAGGUAAGAUCCUCCUGGUGGAGCUGCUGCAGCACGACGCUGACCCGCCCCAGGUGGUGCUCUACGACACGUCGCACGAUGAUGAGGUCAACAUCAACGCUGUAUGCCUCAAGGCUCUGCAGGACAAGGCCAUGGAGAACCCUUUACAGGUCAACAGUACCUAUAUGAAUGUGUCUGUGACCAACGUGUGUUCUGACGGAACCAUCUUCUGCCAGCUGCCCUCCCGAGGUCGGGUCAAGCUCAACGAGAUCCUGGAUAAGAUCGAGGCCUUCUUCAUAACCCAGGUGACGUCAGAGUCUCUGGUGUCUACUUCGUUCUGUGGGAAGUGCUGCCUGGCCCGGUACAAAGGAAGGUGGUCCAGAGUAGAGAUCACCAACCUCCAUGGUAGCAGAGUGCUAGAUAUCAAAUUUGUGGACCUGGGAGUCCCGGCCUCUGUAGAGGUCAUAGAGCUGAGAGAGAUCCCUCCUCCGUUCCUGCACGAGCUCAUGGUCAUCCCACCACAGGCGAUCAAGUGUUGUCUGGCAGAGCUGGAGGUGGGGGUCUGGUCUCCUGAGGCUGUUCUCUGGCUUAGAGGUGCUGUACUCAACUCUAUGGACUGUAGCAUGAAGAUCUCGACGCUGGACGAGACCAAGCUGGUGCACAUCUACCUGUUUACCUCUGACUCCCAGGAUGUCACCAACAGUGUUAACCACCAGAUGACGACCUCUGACCUAUGGAAGCAACCCGGACCCCAGAAGGACGGCCUCCCUACCCCCACUUUCCUCGACACCGUGGUCACCAACAUGGUGGAUCAGCUUACCCUCGACAGCCCAGCCUGCAGCCCUAUCCCUGUCUCCACCAACACCCCCAGCCAUCUGGAUGGUGCCGGGGACACCUCAAACCCCACUUUGGUCACCUCCGCUUGGGGAGAGAAGCAGCUGGUGCUGCCCCCUCUCUUGGAGCUUCCCCAGGCGGGCCAGAACAUGGACGUCUACGUGUCUGUGGCCUGUCACCCGGGACACUUUGUGCUGCAGCCAUGGCAGGACCUGUACAAGCUGGUGGUGCUGAUGGGAGAGAUGGUUCUUUACUACAACCAGAGGGAGGAGACGCCGGGGCCCGGAGAUGUACAGAAAGGAGAGGUCUAUGCCGCCAAGGUGGACCAUAAUUGGCACCGUGUGCUGGUGAAUAGGGUUCUGUCCAGCGGCCUGGUGUCUGUGUACGAGCUGGACUAUGGUAAACACGAACUGGUUAGCUGCACCCUGCUCCAGCCCCUCAUCGAGUCGUUCAGACAGCUGCCCUUCCAGGGAAUCACCGCACAACUGGCUGGCGUGGAGCAGUGUGUGUGGUCGGAGGCGGCGUCCAUUGUGUUCCGGAACCACGUAGAGAAGAAGCCCCUGGUGGCCCAGGUGGAGUGUGUGGUGGAGGCGGAGUUUCCCUGGGACAGGAAGGUGAUAGUGUACCUGGUGGACACUUCUCGGGAGGAGACUGACAUCUGGGUCCACAACAUCAUGACUGACUUCCCAGAGGAACAGAGUACCGCCGCGUAGAACCGGACUGGACAGACAGACCACAUAAGACUGUUGUGGUAUCCUUAUACCACACAGGUAGAACUCUGCCAGAGUCUAUCACAUAUGCUGAAAUGAUGCACACCACUGGCUGUAGCAUAUAACUUGGUAUCCCGUUCACUUAUUCCACAGGUCACAAAGAUCUUCCAGAGUGUCUCAGGUCAUUGGGUAGCCUGCAUUUAUGCAGGAGCUCGGUCUAUUAGCUUAGCACUGUGUGAAGCAUAGAACUGUGAUUUUUCUUAUCGUAUGGGGGGACGAAUCUAUUUGCAGUGUUGUGUGUGUAUACAGAGAAAGGGAUUAAACAACAGUACCCACCCCAUCAAUCACCUUAGCAGGGUAUGUUGUUCAAGUGUAAUAUAAAAAAAAGUGUCCUUUAUCGUUCAGUUUCAAUCUAUCAAAUACUUUGUGUAGAAAGUUCUUUACUGAUUUAGUUAUUAUUCAGCGCCAACUUUUGGUCU